AUGUUCUAUUCUCCCGUCUGGUCCGUCGCUUAUCCAGAAGGGAAAACGGCACGAAUGUAUCAAGGGGUCAAGGCUGGCGAAUAUCUCAUUCGGCAUCAAAUCGAAUCGGAACACAGUUUUGGUGUCUUCGACCUGGAAUAUCAAUUCAAGCGGGAAGAGUCCAAGCCCGAUGGCAAGCUGUAUUGGGAUCUCGAUGACACCAACCUUGGCCCCGAGGAAUUACUCGACCAGAUGGACUUCCCCCUCGUCAGCGUCGCGAUGGCCUACGAUGGCUUCAACGCGCUGGAGAUGGACAAGAUAGGACUUUUGAUCGAAAGUCGCCCGCUGCUUGCAACAGUCUCCCGAGUCCUCGGCGGCGAGAUCCUCGCGAUGACUCCUGGAAGCCCACAGCAGAGAAACAAGUCUUGA